ACCGGAAGUUGUUGGAGCUCCUUGGAGACGGCGAUGGAGAAGUACCAGAAGAUGAAGGUGGUGGGGCGGGGAGCGUUCGGUAUUGUUCAUCUAUGUCUGCGGAAAGCUGAUCAAAAGCUAGUGAUCCUGAAACAGAUCCCUGUGGAGCAGAUGACUAAAGAUGAGAGGUUGGCUGCUCAGAAUGAAUGCCAAGUACUGAAGCUUCUCAAUCACCCAAAUAUAAUUGAGUACUAUGAAAACUUCCUGGAGGACAAAGCUCUGAUGAUAGCGAUGGAGUAUGCACCCGGAGGUACUCUGGCUGAGUAUAUCCAGAAGCGUAACUCUUUGUUAGACGAGGAGACCAUCAUGCACUUCUUUGCACAGAUCCUUUUGGCCCUUCAUCACGUGCAUAAUAAACUUAUCCUGCACCGAGAUCUGAAAACACAAAAUAUCCUGCUUGAUAAAUAUCAAAUGAUAGUGAAGAUUGGUGAUUUUGGUAUCUCGAAGAUCUUGAGCAGCAAAAGUAAAGCCUAUACUGUGGUGGGAACACCAUGCUACAUCUCUCCAGAGCUGUGUGAAGGAAAGCCAUACAAUCAAAAGAGUGAUAUCUGGGCACUGGGCUGCGUUUUAUAUGAACUGGCCAGUCUGAAAAGAGCUUUUGAAGCUGCUAACCUUCCAGCCCUUGUGCUGAAGAUUAUGAGUGGUACAUUUGCACCCAUAUCUGACCAGUACAGCCCUGAGCUGCGCCAGUUGAUUUUAAGCAUGUUGAGCCUUGACCCUUCUAAACGACCUCAGCUCAAUGAGAUAAUGGCUCAGUCAAUUUGCAUCCGGGCUCUUCUGAAUCUUUACACUGAUAUUGGCAGUGUCAAAAUGAGGAGAAUUGAAAAGCCAUUAUCGGCAGUAGCACCUGCUUCUGGCAGGCGGACAGGUGGAAGGGUUAACAGUGCUAGGUCAAGAGGUGGGCUGCUGGCAAACUCUAGUAAGACAGAAAUACCUCCUCCCCUUUCCAUUGUCUACACUUGGGGAAGUGGAAUUGCCUCUCCUCUCCGGCUCCCAAUGCUCAAUACUGAAGUAGUACAGGUCUCUGCUGGGAGAACUCAAAAGGCAGGGGUGACCAGAUCGGGGCGACUUAUCAUGUGGGAGGCUUUUCCCGGAGGUGCUGGAGAUGCAUCCCUCCCUGGUUGCAUAGAACAGGUCCAGCCACAAUUUAUCUCUAGGUUUCUGGAAGGUCAGUCUGGAGUGGCAAUCAAGCAUGUUUCUUGUGGAGACCUCUUUACAGUGUGCCUUACAGACAGAGGGAUAAUAAUGUCCUUUGGAAACGGUAGCAAUGGCUGUCUGGGUCACGGUACUUAUAAUGAUGUCACACAGCCAAAAAUCGUUGAGGCACUGCUUGGCUUUGAGAUUGCCCAGGUUUCAUGUGGUGCAUCGCAUGUUUUGGCAGCAACCAAUGACCGAGAAGUGUUUUCAUGGGGGCGAGGAGACAAUGGUCGGCUUGGCUUGGAAACUCAGGAGUCGCACAAUUCCCCUCAGCAAGUGAACAUUCCACCAGAGCAUGAAGCACAGAAAGUACUGUGUGGAAUUGAUUCUUCAAUGAUUCUCACAACACAGAAUCACAUUUUGGCGUGUGGGAGUAACAGAUUUAAUAAGCUGGGUCUGGAUAAAAUAACUGCAGAAGAGGAUCCUCAUCCCUCUAAUCAAGUUGAAGAGGUUCAUGCUUUCACUCCUGUGCAGUCAUAUCCCCUUAAUGAAGGAAAUAUUGUGCAUGCAGAUGUUGGGACUGCUCACUCUGCAGCCAUCACAGAAACUGGGGAAUGUUAUACAUUUGGCAGUAACCAACAUGGACAGCUGGGCACAAACACCCGCCGCAAUAACCGUUUGCCGUACUUGGUCUCCGACCUGCGUGGGGUGAAGGUUACCAUGGUAGCUUGUGGAGAUGCUUUCACGGUAGCAAUUGGAGCAGAAGGUGAGGUGUAUACAUGGGGAAAGGGGGCCAGAGGACGCCUGGGAAGAAAAGAAGACGAAACUGGAAUACCCAAGCAAACACAUUUGGAUGAAACAAACCCGUACUUUAUUACAUCCGUUGCGUGCUGUCAUGGAAACACGUUGCUGGCAAUAAAACCUUUGGGAGACGAAUCCAUUCCAAGAUGACCUGAAACAUUUAAUUUGAAAGUGCUGUCUUUUCUCUCGUUUGGAGGAUGCCUGGUGCUGGAGAAGGCCAGAAAAGUGACCAGCCUGAAGGAAUUACAUAUUUGCUUUCUCAGCAGUGUUGUUGAUAACUUUUUGUAUAAAUAUUGCAGAAUAUCUAGUACUGUUGGCAUUUGGGAAUAGAUACUAACAAAAUGUUCCCACAUCUUCACAUUCUGUUCUGAUUACAAAAGGUUCUACUAUAAUUAUGCAUAAUUUCCUGAUACUUUGACUAUAUCUUGCUGAAUGUUUCUUAAUGAGACAGUUAAGACGAUAAAUGCCUUUGGUUCUUGUACACUGCUCUUUACCAAUAAUACACAUGUAUUUUCAAGUGUUAGAAAACAUUUCUGCAAAUUGGCCCUCCUAUAAAUCCCUUUGGCAUUAGCAUGAAAUCAAGAGGGAGUGUUAAAUGCAACCAGAUUUUGUUGUUAGUUGUGCCAGGUAUUCAGUUCAGUAACGAGCCUGGUGACAUGUAAUGUGGGACCAGAGGAAGUAGCUGCAAAUUAAAUCUUGUGCGGACAUUUAUAAUGUUCUGCACUUUUAUUAUGACAUUUUCUGGGACUUGGUCCAAGCUUUUUUUUGAGGGGUACUAAUUUGAGUAGAAAAUCAAAUGGCUUUCACAGCUGCCACCAAAGACACCAAUAAGUUACCUACUUUAAAUGAUUCACAUCAGCCUUCACAGCUUGAGUCCAAAAAGUAUUCUGGAAUAGAAUCAGAAUCAGGUUUAUUAUCACUGAUAUAUGUCAUGAAAUUUGUUUUGUGGCAGCAGUACAGUGUAAGACAUAGAUAUUACUAUAAGUUACAAAAAUAAAUAAAUAGUGCAAAAGAGGAA